UUUUUUCAAAACAGAUAAAGUAGGCAUACAAAAAAAAAACAACCUCUAAACCAAAUACAGACAGGUGCAUGACUGCCAGAGUAUCAGUCAUGUUGCAAAGUCAGUUUGACUCGGAGUAAAGACAUAGCAGCAAGAGUUACAAUUCAAACAACCAAGUCUAAUCUAGCAUAACAACAAUGGUUACCACACCCUCAGGAAGUAGUUUUGUGCAUUCCCUUUAUCAAAACCAAUAUGUUCCAUCUUGGCAAUAGAAAGGCAGUGAGUUUGGUUUUGGAGUUAUGCAGUAUGUAUAGGACCUUAAAUUGAAUUAAUCUGUAUCUAGAACUAAUACAGCAACUCUGUAUUCUGGACAAGCCCUCCUCCCACAGUUCGUCUGACACAGGGGCUGAAAGUGAAGUGAUGACCAACUAGUUUGUAGGGAAGCUGCUCUCUCCCAGUGCUACUGAAAAGAGUGGCACUGGGAGAUAUUCAAUUUUGAAUCAGAGUGGGGAGAUAUCAGGCUGGUCGCUAUCAGGAAUGCCCCACCGCCAGAAAGUGAGAGCUGUCGCAUUCGCAGCCCACUAAUAGUGCUUAAAUACUGGAAGGCUGAGGCCUCCCCUACUCACACGCUUCUCCAAAUGGGCUUUGGAAAUACGGGGGUUUAUCUGCCCCAGACAAAUGAAAGGAUAAUUGAAUCCAGUCCUGAGCUUAGCCCUUAACUUGUCUACCAUUGCCAUCACAUUACACUUGUGGAUCUACUUAAGUUCAGUGGUAAAUUUAUAUUUGUUAUAACAGAGCUCAUAGCUAUUGUAGAAGUAUUUGGGGUGUUUUAACAUUAUAAUACAGAGGAAAAACAUCUUGUUUUACAUUCAAUUACAUUUCUAUUCGUUCAAUAAUGAUAUUUAACUAAAGCCCCCGUUCACUCAUCCCUGUUUUACUUGCCAGUCCAAUACACUAAUUUGCAUACGUUAACUGAAUGUUUUUUAGUAUGAUGAAGAAGAGAACGGCACACAAUGUUCUCUGACCUGUGACAGGCCUUGAAAGUAAAACCUCAAAGAAGUUUCAUAGCUCAGGAAAUGGAGAUAGUGACUAUAUUAAUCUUACCCUCUACUGAUCGCGAACAAGAUAAGCGAUGCAGCACCAUUUCAAACGGAUGUUUUCAAUGAACACCUUGAAACAUGAGAUGCAGAGUGCUCUGGAAUCAGAGAACACUUAACAAUGUUUUUCCAAUGAAUUAAAAUGGACGACAGAACCUUCCUUUUUAAAAUGGAAUAGACUUUGAUUGAAAAGCACCAAGAAUGGAGGACUGAAAGUUUAAGCACUGUGAAAAACCCUUACAAUGAAAACGAGGGGCUACUGUUAGAUCACACAGACUUAGCACAUACACAGUAAGGCUAAUAAUCUCAUGACUUGACAAAACUAGGAUAAUGUUUCCUUUGGGACUGUGUGACCUCAGAGAGACCUCGGCCCAGUAGCUCCUGAAGCCCAGCAGGGAUAUUUGUGUUAGUGGCUAGUUUGCUACAUUCUACAAGCUCCCAUAGACUUUUCAGUUUAAUAAAACAUAAAUAAUCAUUCUGUUAAAUGCAACAAUCAUAAAGACACAAGCACAACAACUGUCACCAACAUGCAUCAGUCCAAAAAGGCUUCCUUGUGUCACAGUUACUACUGACAGGGCUGUGCUUUGUGCUACCAUUAGCUGCUGAACAAGCCCAUUUCUACUGUAACAGCUCUGUUUUUUGGCUCAAGGGCUGUGUGCUUUGUGCUUCUGGAUCAGCAGCUGAACACCAGUCGUUCACUAGUUCUGUGGCAGGGGAUGGUGCGUGUGCUUUAUGCUUCUGAGUUAGCGAAAUGCUGAACAACAGGCUCAAGGGCUGUGUACAGUCAUCGCUACCCAUAUCCAGCAUUACCUCAUGUCUCACAUUUAAGAAGUCCUAACAUGGUCAUCUUGAGUGUGAACACUGAACAAGGCUAUCGCUUGUACUCGCCGCAGUCACAUUUGUCUUCCACUUUUCUGUGACAAGCUCACUAAUAGCUUUAGCAAUAUAUCUGCCAGUCACACACAAUGACUGUCAAACAGGCAGGCAGGUGUGUUCAUAGCCAGCAGGUUCAAAUCCAUUCAUAUAAGUUGAAUGAGAUGAUUCAAUGUGCUUAUCAAAAGCUCUUCAACAGCCACGUGUACAUGAUUUUUAUUUUAUUCGUCAGAGCCUUUGAUUUAUUGAUUGUUGUUGGGACGUUAAGAGAUUUUUAAUAACACAAUUGCUUCAAGAAUAACUUACCAACCACAGAUUUAGUUAAACACUGUCAACAGAAUUUUAUGAAUAGUGCUAUGAAAAUCAAAUUUGUAUUAUGCUCUGGAGUUGAUAGAGAUGUGGAGGUGUUUAAACCCACAUCAUUUACAUGAAUUGAUCACAUGCACUGAUGACUGAAAACACUUCCUUUUCUGCCUCAUGCUUAGAAGCAUAUAAGAACUGAUGUUGUCAGUGAGGUGCGCCACAGCUCUUCAGUAGUUCGGCUGGAGCGCAACCUCACCAUGUUCAGCCACUGUGAACUGGUGCUACUGAUACUUGCGCUGACUCUUGAUCGCCAAGUUCACACGGGGGAAAUCAUCGGAGGCAAAGAGGCUGUGCCGCAUAGCAGGCCAUACAUGGUGAUUCUGGAGAGGAAAAUGGGGAAAGACACAAAAACGUGUGACGGCUUCCUUCUGAAUGAGGAGUUUGUGUUGACUGCAGCCCAUUGCAAGGCCGAGUCCUACAAAGUCUUGCUGGGAGUUCACAAUUACCAUAACCAAAGUGGGGUACAGCAUGUGUCUGUGGAACAAGCAUUUCCACAUGAAAACUACAGUCAACUAGCUUACCUCAAUGACAUAAUGCUUCUUAAGUUGAGCUCCAAGGCGAAGUUCAACAAAAAUGUGAAAGGCAUUGCUCUCGCAGAUGAAGGUGACUCUCUGCCAAAAUCAUGUCUAGUCACUGGCUGGGGAAAAACUUCUGACGACAAUGAAUAUGGGUCUGAUGUUCUCAUGGAAGUCAAUGUAACACUCUACGAAGAUAAGCAGUGUGCUGAGAGUAACUGGUACUGCUCUGAGGGAAUAAAUGGACCGGACAGAGGAGACUCUGGUGGUCCACUGGUCUGCGAGGAUGGAAAGGCAUACGGAGUGGUGUCCUUCAAGUCCAAAUCACAAGAAAGAGAUGACCAGCCUAUCUAUGUCUUCACAAAGAUUCCUGACUACAGAAGCUGGAUCAAUUCAACGAUUGAACAUCAUGGGAAAAAAGUAACGACUGACUGAUCAAAUCACAAUUUAUGAAUCUGAAUUUGUGUCGCAUACGACUGAAGCUUAACUGUGAAUCCCAGCAAUUACACUGUCAGACCAAAGUUGGGACUUCAAAGACGUCACAAAGAUAAAAAGAUUUGUUUUAUUUGGGAAGUUAAAAAAAUUGAAAAUACAAAUGUGAUUUGCUUUUAAUUAGAACCGAGACCUAUUUUGACUUUUAAUGGUAUAGCUGAUUUAAUUCUGCUACUAAAACUUUGUCAAUAAAAAACUUUAUAUUACAAAUAGGCUUAUAUAGUAUGGCUAGAAAUCAGACGAAUCAGAAAUGGAGAUUUGAUGCUGUUUAUUAGGUUCGAUAUAUGUUUAACUAGAUGCUUUCUGUCCUCCUGCUCUUAAAUCCAACAUUACUUUACACUUUGUGUAUCUUCUUCUUGACUUGACAAAAUGAGAACACAGGAUCCUCUAAGUUUGUAUCGUGGCAUCUUUGUUAAAUGAUAAACUGCUGCUUGUCUCGCCAUGUUCUCUCAGUGCCUCUGUUCAUUCCUGUUUGAGCAUGAAUUAAAAUCACACACAAAAGACAACACUGCCUCCUUGUGAUGAAACUGUAUUGAUACAGGUUCACUUUUCACUUCUUGAAACUUUCAUCUGCCUUUUUAUAAGCUCCAAACUUGAAAGCAAUGAUAAGUAUUAUCACGUGUGUGGAGGAGAGACAGGGGAAUUCAAACUGAUUACUCUGACUACAUGGGAAUAUAAAAACCCUUUUUCUUUAACAGUUCUCUAGGUUGCAACCCCAUAUUAUACCUCAAUCAACACUGAUGGUAUUACAUUAAUUUGUACCCAUUUUUUUGCAUCCAUAGGUAACAGUGAUGCACCUUAGUCUUUUGGUUGGGUACAUUACAACACUUUUGUUAACACGAUAUCUCAAAUAAUAUAAUAAUGGUUUUAAGUAGCUUUGAGCUUUUGGUGUAUUAAUGUUCACAUCAGGAAGAAGCCUUUUACAUUUUGUUACUUUGACUUUUGCGCCACCGUCAGGCCAUUUCCAUUACUUACAUGAUUUUAAUUAUGGCUGUAUUAUU